AAUCUCAUCUCGUAUAACUAACCAAAAACAAAACUAAAACAUGGGGUUCUUGGGUAAGAGUGUAUUGGUGAGUCUCAUUGCACUUUGGUGCUUCACUUCCUCUGCCUUCACUGAAGAAGUGAACCAUGUGACUCAAACACCUUCCUCUGCUCCUGCUCCAGCUCCUUACCACCAUGGUCACCACCACCCCCACCCUCCGGCAAAAGCCCCUGUUAAACCACCGGUUUCUCCACCAGCUAAACCUCCAGUUAAGCCUCCAGUUUACCCUCCAGCCAAAGCCCCGGUCAAGCCCCCAACUAAACCCCCGGUUAAACCACCAGUUUCUCCACCAGUCAAACCUCCAGUUAAGCCCCCGGUUUACCCUCCGACCAAGGCCCCUGUUAAGCCCCCAGUUAAACCUCCAGUUAAGCCACCAGUUUCACCACCAGCCAAGCCUCCGGUUAAGCCCCCGGUUUACCCUCCGACCAAAGCCCCUACUAAGCCCCCAACUAAACCCCCCGUUAAGCCUCCUGUCUCUCCUCCAGCCAAGCCACCGGUGAAGCCGCCGGUUUACCCUCCGAAGUUUAACAGGAGCCUAGUCGCCGUUCAGGGUACGGUCUUUUGCAAAAGCUGCAAAUACGCUUCUUACGAUUCACUCACUGGCGCCAAACCCGUUGAAGGUGCUGUGGUGAGACUACUGUGCAAGGGAAAGAAGAACAUAGUCGCGGAGACCACGACGGACAAGAACGGAUACUUCUUGUUGUUGGCUCCGAAGACGGUGACUAACUUCGGUUUCAGAGGUUGUCGUGCGUAUCUUGUGAAAUCAAAGGAUUACAAAUGCAACAAAGUCUCCAAGCUCUUCGGUGGAGAUGUCGGUGCCGUACUCAAGCCGGUGAAAACGCCGGGAAAAUCUGCGGUGGUCAUUAACAAACUCACUUACGGUGUCUUUAACGUCGGUCCGUUUGCGUUCGACCCUGUCUGCCCCAAAUGAAGAUGAUUGAGAUGCUCUUGUUACUUUCUUGAUUACGUUAAGUUCAAAAGAGUGAAAAGAGAGAUAGAGAGCGAGUUAUGUGUUUCUGCGUUGAAAGUGUAAUGUUAGCUAGUGUUGAGUUAAAUGUUGUGUUGCUUUUAUGAAUGUUUCCUUAAAUGACGUUGUUUUAAGUUUCUUUUGAAUAAAAAUAGCCAGCUUCAAGAUCA